AUGCCGACCGCUAGUGCUUCAACAUCUCUUGGCGAAAUCGACAUCGAUAAGGAACUACGCCUACCUCAUGAUGUAGCACCAUCGACUACUGAUACUGAGAAUGUUAACCCUGGUUUAUCCGAUGAUAUGGAUGCGCCUAUACCGCCCGAUGGUGGGUCGAAGGCUUGGACUCAAGUGUUUGGGUCCUUCUUUUUAUUCUUUGCUAGUUGGGGUUUUGUAAACUCCUUCGGUGUUUAUCAGAAUUACUAUGCGACCGAACAUCUCAAGGGUGUCCCUGCGUCGAAUAUUUCCUGGAUAGGAUCCAUACAAGCUUUCCUACUCAUGUUCGUCGGCGUACUUACCGGUCCCUUAUACGAUAAAGGGUACUUUCGAUACCUCGCUUGCACCGGUUGCUUUCUGGUAGUCCUAGGAAUAAUGAUGACCAGUAUUUCCACUACAUACUGGCAGGUCCUCCUCUCUCAAGGAUUCUGCAUCGGCCUCGGUACAGGAUUUCUUUUCGUCCCCUCUGUCGCCGUAAUAUCCGGUUACUUCACCAUGAAGCGAAGUUUCGCAGUAGGUCUCGGUUCCACUGGUGGCAGCGUAGGUGGAAUCGUAUACUCCGUCGCCUUCAGAUCGAUGGUCGACACCAUCGGGUUCGGCUGGGCGACCAGAAUACUAGGAUUUAUGACUAUGGUAUUACUAAUCGGCUCGAUCAGUAUUAUGAAACCAUUACAAUACCCCGCUGGACCCAGAAGUUUGUUUUUACCAAGUGCAUUUAAACAGUUAUCGUAUACAUUCACGGCGGUGGCGGUAAUGGUUACUUUUAUGGGACUUUAUAUUCCUUAUUUUCACAUCCAGGGUUAUGCGGCCGAAUAUAUUGGAUUGAACAAGGGACUUUCGUAUCAAUUACUUACGAUUAUGAACAUUGCUUCCAUAUUCGGCCGGACGAUCCCGUCAAUAGUAGCUGAUAAACUCGGCCCGAUAAAUAUUAUGAUCCCAUCGGCGUUUGGAACCGCUGUGAUGGGGUUUUCAUGGAUAGGAAUGAAAUCCGCUCCAUCGACGAUAGUAUUUGCGAUUUUAUAUGGGUUUUUGUCGGGUACUGUGGUUAGUUUACCGCCUACUACGAUAGCUAGUAUGGGUGGGAAACAAGGUGAAGUUGGAACGAGAUUGGGAAUGGCGUUUACGUUUGCGGCUACGGGAUUGUUGACGGGGAAUCCGGUGGCUGGAACGUUGAUUGAUAUUCCUAAUGGGAAGUUUAGAGGGGCACAGGUGCUUUGUGGGGUGUUAGUGACUGUGGGGAUGGGACUUUUUGUGACGGCGAAGUUAUUAAUGGAGAAGAAGGUGGUUGAGGAAGGGAGGGUGGGGGGUGAGGAUGUUGACGGAGCGGAUGAGAGGCCUAAGGCGGAGGGGGAGAAGAAGCAGGACGCUCAGGAUUCCGCGACUAUAUCUUCAACUACCACCCCGGCUUCCGAGCGAAGACAAUCACUCCCAAAAACUCUAACGAUUGAUCCCGCUGCCGCGAAGAAAACGGCUGCGGAAGCUUUAUCUGCUGCCGUUCUUCAGGGGAUACCGAAUAUCUUCGAUGAGAUUGCAAAUACCGCCACCACCAAUUCACUUUCUUCUCCCGUGACGCCAAAAUCUGGAAAACGACGAGCUUGCUCAGAUGAUGAUGAUGAUGAUACUGAUGACCUUGAUUCUCGACCUACGAAAUUGAGGGUACUCGAUCAGACGCUUACUUCUCCGGCCAGCGUAGCUCCUGUAGCUCCAAUGUUUGGAAGGGGAAGUUCAAAUUCCAGUGGUGGCAGCAGUGCCGCCAUUUCACCCACGAAAUUAACAAACAACUCGCCAUCUUCGUUAUCCACUACCGCAACGACCCUUGCUGCAGCGGCAAACGCACUAACCAAACCGGCAAUAUCAGUCCCCACCUCCAUUUUCCCGGGAUUUGACAUCGAUCCUAUCCUUAGAGAUCCAGAGUUCGAAGCACAACUCGAGGAUGAUGAUGAAACAGCUGAAGAUACGCUUAGGAUGUUUACGCAUGCUGAGCAACAGUUGUUUUCACCGCCGUUGUCGGAUGGUGAUAGUGAGAAGGAGGAAUCUGGGAGUAGGAAUAAUGAGGAGUUUUUGAGGGAGGCUGCGGCUGAGGCGUGGAAGUUACAGCUCGAGGAAGAGAUUAAAGCUGCGGCUUGA